UGGAGCCGCGCCGCGCCCCGCCCGCGCCCGCCCACUCCCCGGAACCGGUGGCGGAGCUGCGGCCGCGGCCAGUGGAGCAGCGACGGCGUCGCGGAGCCGCCGGGAUGAGCGCCUCCCGCCGCCCCGCGUCCUGGGCCCGGCCCUUCUGACAGAGACUCCGGGCUCUUGGAGGCUGUUCCACGUCUGCUUUUGAGGGUCCUCUCAGCGCACUCAGCGGAAAACAACACCCUGGAUGAUUACCCUCUGCAGGGCAGGAGUGAGAAGCUUGCAGUGACGGCACAAUCAUGGUGCAGAAAUACCAGUCCCCCGUGCGGGUGUACAAGCACCCCUUCGAGCUCAUUAUGGCGGCCUACGAGAGGAGGUUCCCCACGUGCCCGCUGAUCCCCAUGUUCGUGGACAGUGACACUGUGAACGAGUUCAGGAGCGAGGACGGGGCCAUCCACAUCAUAGAGCGGCGCUGCAAGCUGGACAUAGACGCCCCCCGGCUGCUGAAGAAGAUCGCCGGCGUGGACUACGUGUACUUCGUCCAGAAGAACUCGCUGAACGCCCGGGAGCGCACUCUGCACAUCGAGGCCCACAACGAGACGUUCGCCAACCGCGUCAUCAUCAAGGAGCACUGCUGCUACACCGUUCACCCUGAAAAUGAAGAUUGGACCUGUUUUGAACAGUCUGCGAGUUUAGAUAUUAAGUCUUUCUUUGGUUUUGAAAGUACAGUGGAGAAAAUUGCAAUGAAACAGUAUACCAGCAACAUUAAAAAAGGGAAGGAGAUAAUCGAGUACUACCUUCACCAGCUGGAGGAGGAGGGCAUCACCUUCGUGCCCCGCUGGACCCCGCCGCCCCCGGCGCCCUCGGCGGAGACGGCCGCGUCGUGCCGGAAACGCGCGGCCUCGCUGGCCUCCGCGGCCCCGCAGGCUGCGCAGAAGGACGGGCUGAGCAGCGAGGCCCUCGGCAGCCCGGGCGGGGCCUCCGAGCCCGCCGCGGGCACCCCCGACGACAAGCUGGACGCGGACUACAUCAAGAGGUACCUGGGCGACCUGACUCCGCUGCAGGAGAGCUGCCUGAUCCGGCUGCGCCAGUGGCUGCAGGAGACCCACAAGGGCAAGAUCCCCAAAGAUGAGCACAUUCUCCGGUUCUUACGCGCCCGGGACUUCAACAUUGACAAAGCCAGGGAGAUCAUGUGCCAGUCGCUGACGUGGCGCAAGCAGCACCAGGUGGACUACAUCCUGGACACCUGGAAUCCCCCGCAGGUCCUGCAGGACUACUACGCGGGCGGCUGGCACCACCACGACAAAGACGGGCGGCCCCUGUACGUGCUCCGGCUGGGGCAGAUGGACACCAAAGGCCUGGUGCGGGCGCUCGGCGAGGAGGCGCUGCUCAGAUACGUCCUCUCCAUCAACGAGGAGGGGCUGCGGCGCUGCGAGGAGAACACCAAGGUCUUCGGCCGGCCCAUCAGCUCGUGGACCUGCCUGGUGGACCUGGAGGGGCUGAACAUGCGCCACCUGUGGCGGCCCGGCGUGAAGGCCCUGCUGCGCAUCAUCGAGGUGGUGGAGGCCAACUACCCCGAGACGCUGGGCCGCCUGCUGAUCCUGCGAGCUCCCCGCGUGUUCCCGGUCCUCUGGACGCUGGUCAGCCCGUUCAUCGACGACAACACCAGGAGGAAGUUCCUCAUCUACGCGGGGAACGACUACCAGGGCCCCGGCGGGCUGCUGGACUACAUCGACCGGGAGGUCAUCCCCGACUUCCUGGGCGGGGAGUGCAUGUGUGAGGUGCCGGAGGGCGGGCUGGUCCCCAAGUCCCUGUACCGGACCGCGGAGGAGCUGGAGAACGAAGACCUCAAGCUCUGGACCGAGACCAUCUACCAGUCCGCCAGCGUCUUCAAAGGAGCCCCCCACGAGAUCCUCGUGCAGAUCGUGGAUGCCUCCUCGGUGAUCACGUGGGACUUUGAUGUGUGCAAAGGGGACAUCGUCUUCAACAUCUACCACUCCAAGCGGUCGCCCCAGCCGCCCAAGAAGGACUCCCUGGGGGCGCACAGCAUCACGUCCCCCGGGGGCAACAACGUGCAGCUCAUCGACAGGGCCUGGCAGCUGGGCCGCGACUACAGCAUGGUGGAAUCGCCGCUGAUCUGCAGGGAAGGCGAGAGUGUGCAGGGCUCCCACGUGACCCGCUGGCCGGGCUUCUACAUCCUGCAGUGGAAGUUCCACAGCAUGCCCGCCUGCGCCGCCACCAGCCUGCCCCGCGUGGACGACGUGCUGGCCUCGCUGCAGGUGUCCUCGCACAAGUGCAAGGUCAUGUACUACACCGAGGCCAUCGGCUCCGAGGACUUCAGAGGCUCCAUGACCAGCCUGGAGUCCAGCCACAGCGGCUUCUCCCAGCUGAGCGCCGCCACCACCUCCUCCAGCCAGUCCCACUCCAGCUCCAUGGCUUCCAGAUGGCGACUUUGCUGACAGCUGCCAAGAAAACACUCCAGUCGCCAGUGACAUCAGCCAGGGAUGGUAGCUGUCUGACCCCCCUCCCCCCAGUCUGAGGGUGCGCUAAGUUGGUUGGGGAGCGGCACAGUUCACCAGAGGUGAAGGCGGCUGUGGGGUCGGGCACAGACGCACACGUGCCCGCCCGGCUCUGACGGCCCCGUCUCGCGUGCCCUGCGCUCCCGGCGCUGCUGUCCCCUGCCUUCCCCAGCACUAACCAUUGGUUUCCACUUUCCUCCCUCAAUGCAUUGUCUGCAUCUCACCUUCUGUAAAUGUUUGUAAACCUAUUACCUCACUCUUGGUAAUACAAUACUAUAGUCUUUAAAAGAUUUUUUAUUGUUACCGAUAAUAAAUGUGAGCUGUUUGAAGAAA